AUGGAGCAUGGCAUAAAGGAGCUGGCAGCGAGCAGGGACACUGGCAGCACUGACAUGCUGUUUGCUCUGCUGGCACAGAAUGAGAGCCUGAGGAAAGAGAUCCCUCUGUGUGCCGGAUGCAAUCAGCACAUCGUGGACAGGUUCAUCCUGAAGGUUCUGGACAGACACUGGCAUAGUAAAUGCCUGAAGUGCAGCGACUGUCAGGUGCAGCUGUCUGAGAAGUGCUUCAGCCGAGGGGACAGCGUCUACUGCAAAGACGACUUCUUUAAGAGAUUUGGGACAAAAUGUGCAGCCUGCCAACAAGGUAUCCCCCCCACACAGGUGGUGAGGCGAGCACAGGAGUUCGUGUACCACCUCCACUGCUUUUCCUGCAUCGUGUGCAAGAGACAGCUGGCCACCGGGGACGAGUUCUACCUCAUGGAGGACAGUCGGCUGGUUUGCAAGGGGGACUAUGAGACGGCAAAGCAGAGAGAAGCAGAAUCAACAGCCAAAAGGCCAAGGACAACAAUUACUGCUAAGCAGCUGGAGACACUGAAAAAUGCCUAUAACAACUCUCCAAAACCUGCCAGGCACGUCAGAGAACAGCUGUCAUCGGAGACGGGCCUGGACAUGAGAGUGGUGCAGGUCUGGUUCCAGAACAGAAGAGCAAAGGAGAAAAGACUGAAGAAAGACGCGGGAAGACAGAGAUGGGGGCAGUAUUUCAGAAACAUGAAGCGGUCCAGGGGGAAUUCCAAAUCGGACAAGGACAGUAUCCAGGAAGAGGGACCAGAUAGUGAUGCUGAGGUCUCGUUCACAGAUGAGCCCACCAUGUCAGAGAUGAGCCAUUCCAAUGGGAUUUACAGCAGUCUAAACCAGGCCUCUCCAGUGUUGGGUAGACCGGCUGGAAGCAACAGUGCUUUUUCCUUGGAACACGGCGGCAUUCCAGCUUCAGACCAGUAUCAUGACCUGAGAUCUAACAGCCCCUAUGGAAUACCUCAGUCGCCAGCAUCAUUACAGGCCUUGUCAGGUCACCAGCCACUGAUUUCAAGCUUGGCGUUCCCAGAUGCUGGGUUGGGCAUAAUGGCUCAAGGUGGGCAGGUGUUGCCCCCAUCUAUGAGAGUAUUAGGAGCAAGUGGACCAAAUUCUGACCUUUCUACUGGUAGCAGUGGCGGAUACCCAGACUUUCCUGCCAGUCCGGCCUCUUGGUUAGAUGAAGUGGACCAUGCCCAGUUUUGACAUGAGACUUGAACCCAGCUGGUUUAUGUAAAAGUUGGAGGUAAACUUUUUAUUCUGGAAAGGAAUGGACAGGAAGGCAUAACGCCAUCACAACGUCUUUCCGGGAACUGGUUACAAAGGCGCAGACAGGUACUGUGACCGAGAGGACAUGGGAGGACAUUGGACAUCUUCAUCCAGGACUCCACUGCUACAUUUGUGGUAAUGAUUGAUCUGCUCUGUAAUGUCAUAAUGAGCUCAGAACGGAAGAUAAAAGACUUCUAUGUGUUUGUUACAGAGAUCAAUGACUUCUGCAUCGUUAUCCUUGUGAUGUAUGAUACACGUUAUCUAGCACCAUCUUCUGUGGAAUACCCGCAAUAUAGAAGGAAGCAGCAGGACCCCUGGACUUUGUGUUUAAGAGGCUAUAUCAAAAACUUUAAGGGAACAACCCAUCCUUAUUCAGUCAUACCUCCAUAUACAGCCAAUAGUGUGGGAACCAUCAUGGGAGUUCCAGCGGGACAUGAAGCCUUGCAGUCUCCUGGCUGGUGGAUGUUGGUCAUUUAUAAAACUCUAUUGAAGGGCUACGGGUGGCUUGUAAUAUGCAGAAAUCAGGUGGGAAUACCCCUAGGGGGCUUCCUCCAUUCGCUGUAGAUGGAGGACAUGUAUGGAAAAGAGGUCCAAUAGUGGGCAACGGUUUAAAAAAAAAAUAUAUAAUUUUAAGAAAUAUAUAUAUAUCCCUGUAUUUGCAACAGCAACUAUCACUGCAGAGAAGCUGAAAUAAAUAAGUUUGUAGAUCAACUUAUGGGUUGGGGUAUGUACAUUUUUUUGUUUGUUUAAAACUGAUUGAACAUGUUGUCCGAAAUAAUGAUGAUGACCAUUUUAUUUCGGCUGACCAACUGCUCCGCAUUUUGUUACCUAUAUACCACACAGUGUAAGAUAUGACAACACCUCAUUCUGAAAUUGCACUUACAAUCUGUUGCCAAAAAGAAAAAAUAUUCCUAGAUCAUUUUCACUGUACGUCACGCGUCACGCUAUCCCCAGUCCAACAUCCGAUGCAUUUUUAUAAAAAAUAAUAUUUAACUUUAUACUAUCAUUUUUAUGUCAAUAGUUCCGUUGUAUCGUUUAACGUCGCUCUCUUUAAAAAAGGCAAAUAAAAGCAAUUUGGUUUAUUGGUAUAAAAAUUCAGUAUGUAAAUUGUUCCUCGUACGCUGAAUGCUGUGGAAUAUGUGUUUGUCAAUGUGUAUUAUUUA